CCUGCCCCCUCCCCUCCCGACCCUGCCCCUCGCCGCCGAUCCGACGCCCCGCCGCGAAAAUCUCGCCGGAGAUGGCCGCCUCCUCGCCGCCGCAGCAGGAUCCUCCGCACGACCCCCCGCCGCCCGAGGCCGAGGCCGCCGCGCCGCCGGCGAGGAGGACGCGCCCGCCGCGCGCGUGCAGCCGCCCCCUGGCGCCGCCCGCGCCCUACCCCACGCCCCCGCCGCGGCGGCCGGGCCCGGGCCGCCCGAGGAAGAUCGUGGAGGAGGAGCCCGAGGAGGCGGAGCCGGACGCGCCGCAAUGCCGCGUCGUGACGCCGCUCGUCGCGGAGCCCGCGGACCCCGGCGAGCUGCCGCGGUGGAGGCUGCGGGGCAUGUGGGAGCUCGCCUGCGUCCUCAACUUCCUCCAGGUGUUCCGGCCAUUGCUGAACAUCGCGGUGGAGUUCACGGCGGAGGAGCUGGAGGACGCCCUCAUAGUGCCCAAUGGCACGUUGGAAGGCUUGCAUGUGCCGCUAUUAAGGUCGAUUCCCCCCGUAGCUCGAAUGUCCAUGGCAGACGGAAAAUGGGUGACAGUGUUAUGUAGAAAAUUGAAGGACUGGUGGCAUCUGGUUGCAGAAGGCAAUCUACCAAUUGUUGCCUCACAUGGAGCGGAAAUUGAAACGUACAAGGAACUUGAGCCAGCGACUCGAUUAAUGAUCCUGAAAGCAAUAUGUGACAUACGUUGUGAGCAAGAGGAUGUUCGGAUCUUCGUAGAUAGUUGUCUAAAAAAGGGUUAUCAGCUCCCUGAUUUCUGCAAAGAACGAAUUGGGGGAGAUUCCCAUGGAAUCUCAUACUGGUAUGAUGAAGAUCCGAUUCUCGGUCAUCGAUUAUAUCGCGAAAUUAGACAAGUGGAGUAUGUGAAGGAGCAAACAAGAAAAUCUAAACGAAAGGGGUUCUUAGGUGUUCCAGUUGUAUCCUAUCAGUGGGAGACUGUCGCAACCAACUUUGUUGAAUUUGAAGCAGCAGCAGAAAAACUCUUUUCAAGUAGUAACAGGACAGAGGUCUCACUUGGAAAGAAGUUGAAGCUCAAUUAUCUCCCAGAGAUGGAAAAGACUCACAAGAAGAAGGAGAAGCUGCUAAAAAAGCAACAAAGGGAAGCCCUUCUCCUUAAUAGCUACUUGACAUUUGAUAGAUUCACCUCUGGCCGCUCCCAUCGUGAAAGAAAGCGUGUCACCUAUACUUUCGAUGAUUAUGAUCGUUCAAUAAAUGAGGCCCUAAAAGCAAUAAAGAAAAGUGAGAACCCUGUUCAGGUCGUUGCCACUACCAACAGAGGAGUACUUGUCCCAACACGAGAGGCAUCAAGUAAUGGUACGUUAGCUGGACCCUCACCUGUAUGUAAUGGACGGCGUGGAGAAUCUCCACUGAAGUCAUAUAGCUACCAAGGGAGUGGUGGUGAGGAAAAGGCUGAGACCCUUGAUCGUAGGUCUCGUCAAAGAAAAAGAUCUCAAAGAUACACGACGGACUUUGUUGAGAAUGUGUCAGACAUCGACACGAACUUUGACAGUGAUGACGAUAUCAUGGGUGAAGCUGUCUAUGACGAGGAGUAUCUUAGAAGUCGAAAACAACCCAAGGCAAGUACUUCAGAGUACGAUGGAGAGUUUCGAUCGGAAGACCAAGUGGAGUAUUCUGUGAGCAGUGAAGAUGAAGAGGGGGUUCAAUGGUCCAAGAGACUGCCAACCCGCAGUCCUCAAGGGGCCAGGCUGAAACCUAUGGAUGUGAUCCAAACAGGCAUCAAGCGCAAUAAGCGUUCCGCCCGGCCCCAUAUGAACCAUCAGCGGCACUCUGGUAAAGAUACCGAAUUGGGAAAGCCAGGCGAACCGAAUGCACCGGAUCCAGAUGCCGGUUCUGAUGCAGUAGACGGUGCAAAGAUGUCAAUAAAAAGUCAAGAGCAGCGCCUACUUCACAUAGUGAAGAUGCACGCUCCUGGCAGGGAGGAGAGCAAAGUUGCUGGGAGAAGAUUCCUCCACCUUAACGAGAUUGCGCCUGUGGGUGGCGCGCCAGUCCAGUCUUGACGGCGGAAGACAAAUAAUGGGUAAUAAACAUGUUGUGCAGCACAUUCAGGUGCCCAGAGCCUUUUUUGUUUUCACCAGGGGUACCGGCGCCGGCACUGGGUUGAACCGCAGAUCACACUGGAGAUGGAGUAUCCAUGAGCUGGCGAUGCGUCCCUCAUCUGUGCCAUCAAGCUGAUUACUGCUGGCAGGCAGGAGUUUGUCAGCGAUCAAGUUGAUUACUGCUGGCAGGCAGGAGUUUGUCAGCGUGGAGCUUAUGAGGAGAUGGUCCUUGUGCAGCGGCUGGAUUUCUCGAACCUGCUCAGACGCCAUUGAUGUGCCCGGUCUGGUCGAUGUUUUUCUGUCUGGCAGCAUCUGUGGCUCUCCUCCAUGUAGGCAUGUACUCUUUUUUUUUCGAGAUCAUGUAUUCUAGUCUUAUAGGAGCGGCAUUUUGCUUGUCGCUUGAGGUGAGGAGGUGGCCUAUACUGGUUACUGUCAUGUGGUGCACGCGCAGUUAUCGACUGCUGACGCCGCUUGGAAGCUGGAACUUCUUUUUAAUUUUUUUUAGGGAAGCUGGAACUUGUUGGUACCUGGAUUCUCCAGGCAAUUGCUAGAGAGAAUUGUUGUGGUC